CCCGGAGAGGCGCCCCGGGACGGGCAGAAGGCGGCGGCCGCAGGCACGAGUGGAGGCGCGGACACAACAGCAGCGCUGGCGAGAAUUGACAGUGGAAAUAGUGGGUAUCUCCAUCCAAGUGGUGUCCCCUAGGUCUGCGUGGGCAUUCUUUUGCUCAUCAGCCUCACCCAGGCAGUUUGGGCUGCUUAGCCUCUCUCACUGAGCAGGAGGUGAGCAGGACACAUCAGGCCACUCUGCUGAGCAACUCCAGACAAACCUUUUUGACCUGUGUGUAGUUGUAUUUCUGCUGCUGUUAAUCUGCUUUUGCAGGUACCAUGGCCCGUGUCUUUGUCUACGGCACACUUAAGAAGGGCCAGCCCAACUACAAGCACAUGAUCAACACAGCCAAGGGGCUAGCAAAAUUCCAAGGAAGGGGCCGCACAGUGGAGAAGUACCCGCUGGUGAUUGCAGGAAAAUACAAUAUUCCUUACAUGCUGAACAUCCCGGGGACGGGCCACCAUGUUGCUGGGGAGAUCUACUCAGUUGAUGACCAGAUGCUGCAGUUCCUGGAUGAGUUUGAAGGCUGCCCAGACAUGUACCAGCGUACCCUGAUGAGAAUCGAGGUGGUGGAGUGGGAAGGGAAGGGUGGUGCCGAGGGCAUCCUGGAGUGCUUCGUGUACAGCACAGCCACAUACCCGCCUGAGUGGGUGGGGCUCCCCUACUAUGACAGUUACGACUCCUCAGGGAAACAUGGCCUCUCCUACGUCCUACGCGAAAGCCGGGAAUAGAAAUGGGAGGUAACACAGCCUGGCCGAAGACGUAGUACUAAGCACGUGUUGAUCAGUAACCUUUCCAGGAAAGCCGUAAUACCUUUUUAUUAAAAUGCAGGAUCUCUUGUAACCUUCCCAACCCAGAAGCCUUGGCGCUAGAGUUGAAGUCCUGUAAGCCCAGAGUUGGAGACUCCCUCCCCAGGUAGUUCAGUGUCCUCCUCGCCCCCACUAACCUGCUGCAAAGAACUGGGUUUUCAUGAGGGGUAAAAACUGUGUAUAUGCACACCCGGUCUGGGGUCUAAUUAUUUCCUCAGUUUCCCCCUUUGCCUUGGUGCAUAAUGGAGGUCAGUGAAAGGCAGAGGAACAGACUAAUUUUAUGGGUUUUUUUCCUGAAUUGACAAAAUUUCAUGUGUAGUUCUCCAAGGUGAAUGGAAUAAUGAUGAUACUAUGCACUAAUAGCUGAAACUGAUUUAAAAGUCAUGUCUGCAAAGUAAAGCACAACUCACGCUGAAUGUUGACUUGUAAUGGUAUUUAGUAGGUUACUGAAGAUACUCUGUGCUUCUAGACAAAUAGGAACUUACUGAAGAAAUAGAGAAAAUUUAAAGAUUAUUCUUACUCUGCACUGCAGUGUGUUUUUUUUGAACUGGAAAGGUGUAUUUUUAAAUAAUGUUUAGUUUUACAAGGUACUGUGAAAAAAUACUAAGAUAUUAUAAGAAAAUUAUAUUUAAAAUUAUAUUUUUAAUUUAACAUUCUAAGCACUUUAGGUUCCACUUCAGUUCACUGAGUGACUGUAGGAUUUGGGGGGGCAUAGGAGGGGUGAGUGAAGUUGAGGGCCAGGAAAAGCAAACCUACACUGAAGCUGUUGUGAGCACUUACUGUCAAGGUGACUUUUUGCCAAGCACUUUAAUGUAGAAUUUGCAACCAUAUGCAAACUGAGCUUUCUAUUGGGGGAAAGAUUUUUAUAUACAAUAUAAAAAUAUCCAAAGUACCUGUAUUGUGAUUAUUGCAACAUUUAAAUUGGGGAAAAAAUAUGUAAAGAAGACUGUUGUCCCCCUGACCCAACCAACUGUGCUGGUUUCUGUACAAUCUGGGAAAAUCGUGGCUUUCUGUUGUUACACUCCUGUGCCUUAUAUUUUCCUUCAACUGCAGGGUUUGGUACAAAUAUACAGUACAGUAUACAAAGCUGCCAAAGGGAUGGGAGCAGGGAAUGUAUGCCACAUGCAGUGAGCCAAAGUACAAUUAAAUGCACUUAUGAUGCCAUUAGGAACAACAUUGUACUUUUGCUUCACUGCCAGUAGUCCUGUGAUGGCCAGAGGAGAUCCACAGUAGAGAAUCAGACCAGGGAUCCCGGGUAAGGAAUCAGCCUAAACUUCAGCAGUAGUAGGCACUGCUGCAUCUCAUCUAGAAAAACAGACAGAAAGCUUUUAUGUUGCUGGAGUAAGCAAAUUAAGUAAUUUGAAAGUAGAAUACUUGUGUCUCUUUACACUACUUUUUUGUUUAGGGCAACCUGCUGUUGUGUUGAACUGUGCUCCUUUAGGAAGGGCCAGGAUGGCAGUAAGGAGAUUUCGAGGGAGAUCUGCAGAGUGUCUGCCUCAGUUUCUCCAACUUUAACAGCAUUGAUUUUCCUGGAAGACAGGUACUACCCAAACACUCUCCUUCCUCAUACUGAUGCAUUUUGUAAACUAAUUCACUAAGUAGAUCCCUGUCCCUUGGCUGCGUGAUUUAGUUAAAGUUAGCAGCGUCUCAAUAACAUGAAAAAUUCCUCUUCAGUCAGAAGUUUCAAGCAGAAUCAUGAACUUUUCAGGUUGAACAUGAGUCACCAGCCCUGCCACAGAUUGUUUUCAUCCUUCACCUUUCGGUAAAGGGCCCAGGUGUCUCUGGCCAGUGGGCUGCUUUCUAAGAAGCGGCAUUACUCUGUACUUCUUAGGCAAGAAAAUGAGAGCAGGGCAGCUCCUCUUUGUGGCAGUGGUCAAGGCACAGCAGGAAGGGUGACUUAGAGGUAUGUAGAAAGAACAGCUGUGGGAGGUGAGCCCAAAGACGGGAGUAGCCAGUGUCCUGGCCCAGGAACGGGCAGCAGCAGAGGCCUAGGCAGGAGCACAGGGACCGGAUGAUGCUGCAGAACGCAGGGACUGCAUCCAGUGGGCUGCAGCUGCUGACUUAGCAAGCUAGGGCACAGGAUGGAAUAAGGAGCCUCUGUUAAUCACAAACUAACAUUUUGGACCCAGUACACUUCCGGUAUCUACAUCAUCCUGUGGGGCAUGGAAUUCCUGAGUGAGGAGGAGAAAAUACUCCUUGCCCAAGUCACCAGCCCUUUUACUUCUGUUUAAAGGCUCUUAAAUAUUCCUCCUCUCCAGGUCCUCUCUGGUUUCCCAUACUGGAUACACAGCUUUUCCAGCAUGAUAUAGUCUUGUAUUAUGAACAGUCCUAGUUCUUCACACAGUCUUUAGUAAAAGCCUCUGCACAACAAAAGAUUGGAGAUUUGGUCUCCCUUUCCUGUAAGAAUUCAGGAGGAGGCCUGGUCUGAGGGACAGUACCUGCCUCUAGCAAUACUUUGGGGCAGCUAAAGGGAUCUGAGGACAGUGCCACCUCCUUGUUAAGACUUGCAUGCAGUAAUCAGUAUAAAGAAAAUUAAAGGGAGGGGCAAAAUUGAGCAUGGAGUUUGAAUAAAAGACAAAUCCCUUAAACUUGAAAUGAAAACACACAACAAAAGUCUGCACUAGCAAAAUAAAGCCUCUAACCUGUAAUUUAAAUCUAGUCUAUACAAAGCAUUCAAAAUAUUACAAUAAAUCUGAUCAGAAUUUAAGUCAUUGGUGAUACUUGUGCAGCACUUAAACAGAGUGUAGGAGAACUGCUCAGUUUACUCAGCGGUUAAUUUUUCGUUCUUGCCAAUAAUUCUGUGCAGCCUCGCUGGGGCCUCAAACCAGAGACAUUACUGUGGAGAAGACAAAUCAGAUAGGGCUUUUGUUGUGUUUUCUUUUUUUUUUUUUAAAGAGGCUUUUCCUGUUUUAAAGCAGAAAUGGUAUUUUAUUGAUUUUAUUUGAUCCUGAAAAAUCAAAGCAUUACAAAGGUUAUGUACAAGUAUUUCUGAAAGUAAAAAUCUGAGAUCCAUUGCCAAGUUUUAACAUCUGUGUUUGCUGUCUUAACCACUGAUACAGUAAAUAUGCCUGCAUUAAAUCUUGCGCAUAGUACUGUCCAUUUUCUGUGUUGAACUGCCUUAAUGUUACUUUAUGGAUGAAAAUAAUAAAGGUUUAGUUAAUUCAA